UUGUACGUCCUUGUCCACCUGUAGACCGAUGUCAUCACUGGCUUGAGAAAAAGCUGCGAUACUGUCCGUUGCAAGUCAGACCGGGUCAAUCAAUGUGUGCUGAACAUGGACCAAAAGAUAAACCCAACAUGAAUCCAGACUUUGUACUGUGUCCAUUCCAUCCCAAACAUGUUGUGAGAGUAAACGAUUUGGAUUUACAUCGACAAACAUGUUUAUUCCGACCACAGCCAUUACCUCCGUAUCAUGUCAAGAAUAUAAACAGCGGUUCUAAUUUAGAUUCGGUUUCACAACAUGACAUGCAUGUCAAGAUACUCGAUAUACUAUCCAAAGAAGACCUUUUUGCAUUGAUUCAGAAACUUGACACGGCGUACCAUCAAGCCAUACAACACGAUCACAUAUUCAUGCGUGAUGGGAUUCCAUUGCAUGUUUUAACUCACGAAUCGCUGAAUCAGCGACUAAAUGAAACGCAACAUGGCAAACAUGCAGUCCAACAAGCCUCAUUGAUGGGUCAUUUACAUGAAAAAAAUCUAAUAGGUGAGCAUCGAUGCUAUGCGGAAUUUGGAUGUGGUAAAGGAGAGUUGUCCAAGUUUAUCUAUGCAAGUGUUCCACAACAUACUCGGUAUCUUUUAAUUGAUCGUAAAGUGAUGAAACUCAAGGUAGAUAGAGUGUUUAGAGCCAAUGCCGAUUGGGAGCGUGUUACAAUCGAUAUCAGGGAUUUCAAUUUACAAGGGGUUGAGCGUAUCCAACAAAUGCCAGUCAUUGCUAUAUCUAAACAUCUAUGCGGUGUAGCUACUGAUCUCACGUUGAAAUGUCUUUCCAACUACAAGAAAAAUUGCGAAUCUGAUUCCUCAAACCCAUCUCUAGUUCAAGGAAUGGUGAUUGCACUUUGUUGUCACCAACUGUGCAAAUUUGACGAUUACAUCAAUCCAGGGUUUUUAAGCAAAUAUGGCAUUGGUGCUAAAGAGUUUGAUAUUUUGGCUGGUGUUUCUACAUGGGCAUUGUGUGGUGAGCGAUCCACAAGCAAAUCAACUUCAUCCAAAGAAUCGAGUUCAGUAGACCCUACUCAUGAAUUGGGUACAGAAUCAAACGAGCCAGUAGCUGUCCCGUAA